GAAAAAAAGAAACAGAACAAAGCCUUGAAAAAAUGUUCCAAACCUUGAAAAACGAUUUUCAAAUUUGCGAAGAAAUCGGCCGUGGUAGAUUCGGUACCGUCUACCGGUGCUUUUCUCCGGCGACCGGAGAAUCCUACGCCUGUAAAUCUAUCGACAAAAACCUCCUCAUUGAUUCCACCGACCGUGAGUGUCUCGAUAAAGAACCCAAAAUUCUUCAACUCCUUUCCGGUAACCCCAACAUUCUUCAUCUCUAUAAAGUUUACGAAGAUGACGAUUUCCUUCAUAUGGUAACCGAUUUCUGCCCGAAUAGCGAUUUAUACGAAAGGGUUUCAUCUGGGUCGUUGUCAGAAUCGGCUGCCGCGGCUAUUCUGAUUCAGUUGGUUUCUGCGAUUAGCUAUUGUCAUCAUAUGGGUGUUGCUCAUCGUGAUAUUAAACCAGAUAAUGUGUUGUUUGAUUCUGAGAAUAGAUUGAAGCUUGCUGAUUUUGGAUCUGCGGAGUGGUUUGCGGGUUGUGAAGGGAGGAUGAUGAGUGGGGUUGUGGGUACGCCGUAUUAUGUUGCGCCGGAGGUUUUGAUGGGGAAAGAGUAUAAUGAGAAGGUUGAUGUGUGGAGUGUGGGGGUUAUUUUGUAUAUUAUGCUUUCUGGGGUUCCUCCUUUUUACGGUGAAACGCCGACUGAGACUUUUCAAGCUGUUCUCAGGGGAAAUUUGAGGUUUCCGACGAGGAAUUUCAGGUCAGUUUCGUCUGAAGCGAAAGAUUUGUUGAGGAAGAUGAUAUGUAAGGAUGUUUCCAGAAGAUUUUCAGCUGAACAAGUACUGAGACAUCCAUGGGUGAUUAAUGGAGGAGAGACAAGAUCAAUGGCUGAUUGAACCUGAAACAAGAUAAAUACUAGUAGAGCAGUACAAAUUUUGAUAAAAAGCUUCUUCUAAUGUGUUUGUUGUGUAUAUUACACCAAAAACAAGAAAAUAUGGGUUGUUAUGUUGUGGAGAUUGGAGAAGAAUCUUGUAGAUGAUAAUGAAUCUCCUAGUUUAUAUUAUAACAAGAAAAAAUCAGAAAAAAAAGAUUUCAAGCUAUGUAAAAAGAUCCAAGCUUUCCCCACCUUUAUAUAUUUUUUUAAUUAUAAAAGGUUGAGGGAGAGUAGGAAUAUAUGUAUUUUGGUGCUUUAUCAAAGUUUUGUUGUUAAGUUGAGGAGUUUGCUAUGUAAUAAAAAAAGUAUGCUGCUUUUGUUAUAUUAUG